UUAUUGACAUAUGUCAACAACGUCACUUCGAAUUAAAUAUCAACCAGAAAAUAUAUACUUGAAAAUAUCGAAUAAAUUGUAGUAAAAUGGAUAAAGACGAAGAAGAAGUAGCCAUUAAAAAAGAAACAUUUUUUAUUUCUGGUAUAGUAACAAGCCCAUCGUUUCAAAGAUGUAGAUUCUUAGCUAUAAAACUAUACAGAAGUUUCCCGAAAUUGUAUGAGCAACCGAAUAUUAAACCAAUGUUUAAUGUAGAAUGGGAAGAAUACUUAACAAAGAUGAAACGUACUUACGGCAAAAAAAUAUGGGCAUUAAAAAAACAAGUGACGGUUUUUGUAAACGAUAGCUAUUUAGGAGAUGAUACAGAUUUCGUUAACCAUCUUCAACAGAAAUAUCAUUUCUCCUUGAACUUAGACCUGGAUAAAAUGGGAAGGUGCCAUCUCGUGGAAAUGUUGAGAAAUAUAAUGGGUAAAUACAGGCAGAUAGCUUAUUUGACGAUAUCGAUUAAUAACCAAGUGAUCGGUUCAAUGAUGUUCGAGUUAUAUAACGAUUUGGUUCCUCUAGCUUCUGAAAAUUUCCUUGAAAGAUGUAAAGACAUGGAAGACGGUUAUACAGGAACGCCAAUUCAUAGGAUUGUGAAAGGCGGUUGGAUUCAAUGUGGAGGUUGGAAUUUAACAAACAAAAUAAUGCCUUGUGAGAAUUACGUAAUUCCACAUGACAGGAGAGGCGUUUUAUGUACGACAAAUAUUGGAAGACACAAAGAAAAUUCUACACAGUUUUUUAUUACAUUAGCUCCAGCCCCUUGGAUGGACACCAAAUAUGUUGCUUUCGGGCAACUACUUCAAGGAGAAGAAAUAUUGAGAGCUAUCGAAAACGUCCCUACUUAUUACGAAUCACCCAAAUACCCCAUAGACAUAAUAAUGAGCGGGGAAGUAACCUUGGACGGUAUACCUGAUUACUUCACUUCGACAGAUCAUCCCGGAUAUCAGAGUAUUCAACCCACGGAUGACAUGUGCUAUAAAGACAAUUAUAAUAUGGUACCAACAACAUCUAGAUUCUCUAUAACGAAGUUUAGACAUGGUUUGUACAGUUUGGAAACAGAUAUGAGGAAUUAUCUGACGUUUCCACAAUUACCGGAUUAUCUAAUGCCGAGAAUUGACAAAACUGGAUCCGAAGGAAGUAGUACUAGUACUCUCGAUAUAGGAAAAUUCGUUACAUUGGACGUACAACCUCUGGUGUUACAAGAUUCCGUUGUAGAUUUUUCCAAGACUCAAAAUAUUCUAAAAGAUUGCAAAAUGCCAACCCAGAGCAAUACUACAUUGUAGAAGUUUAUAUAUAUAUAUAUAUCUUUAUAAAUAUAUGUUAGUGCCUCGUGAA